UUGAACGGGGCUUUGACUAUCGGCACUAUGGACGGAGCCAAUGUGGAGAUGUGUGAAGAGAUGGGUCGCGAGAACAUGUUUGUAUUCGGUCUGACAGUGGAUCAAAUUACGGAACUCCACAAAACCGGUCUCGCCUACGAUGAUCGGUUCCUGUUGUGUGCAGACUACGCGGACUACAUUCGCGUUCAGGGUGAAGUUGAAGCUGUGUACAAGGACGAGCAGAAAUGGGCGAAAAUGAUGCUUAUGAAUAUUGCCUCGUCUGGAAAGUUCUCUUCGGACCGAACAAUUCGGGAAUACGCUCGGGACAUUUGGGGUGUAGAACCGUCCAAUCUGAAACUUCCACCGCCGUUUGAACCAGUUGACAAGAAAUAG